AUGACUUUUCUACUUCUCUUAGAAUGGUUUGGCUUUGGCUCAACUGUAGCCGGCAUUAUUGGUAGCUUCUGUGUAGGUGCUCUUUCUGAUACACGUCGCUUUCAGCGUUCAGUUGAAAUAUUUAUGAUCGCCUCACUUAUUGGCUGUAUUCUUUCCAUUAUCUGGUUUGAACUUUGUGUUCACACAACAUUUUUCGAGAAACCUAUUCUUUCAUCCACUCCUAUCUCCAUUGGACUGUCAACUGCGCUUGCUGGCUUUUUUCAAGGAGCAUCAACGCCAUUGAUCUAUGAAGCUCUUGCUGAAACUAUGUUUCCACUACCUGAAGCAAUCUCAGCACUAGCUAUCAAUCAAUGGAACAAUGUUUCAUCUCUUGUUCUUCUUUUUGUUGCACCACAUCAAGAUAAACUUAUGAAUUUACUUGUAUUGAUAGUCGUUGGUGCUUGUAUUUUAAUGGUUUGUGUAUCACUAGUACUCUACGAAAGGCGUGAUGAAAAUCAAAGAAAACUGUUCGGCAAGCAACAAGAAGUAUUGAAUGAUGAUGAUAAUUCAAGUACAUGUGUUGAUACAGCCAUUCACCAUCGAAACUUGAAACUUAGGCUGAUGUGA